AUGCAGUUCUAUAAAGACAGGAUUCUUAACGCUGCCCAGUUAAAAAGACUUAGUGAACACAAAUAUUCGUGUACAAGUGCUAGUAUAUUGGAUGCUUGGCUCCAGCCGUGGUGGUGCUGGCUCGUCUCAAAGACGCCGUUAUGGCUUGCUCCGAAUCUCAUAACUAUAUUAGGUUUAAUAGUUAAUAUUGUCACCACACUUAUUUUAGUAUGGUAUAGUCCAGAUGCGCGACAGGAACCACCACGAUGGGCCUGCGCGCUGUGUGCCCUCGGGGUCUUUGUAUACCAGAGCUUAGACGCAAUAGACGGCAAGCAAGCCCGACGGACGGGCAGUCAGUCUCCAUUAGGCGAGCUAUUCGACCAUGGAUGCGAUAGCAUAUCCACAGUGUUCAUAGCUCUCGGGGCUUGCAUAGCAGUGAAACUUGGGGAAUAUCCCACAUGGAUGUUUUUCCAGUGUUUUUGUGCAAUGACUCUAUUCUAUUGCGCGCACUGGCAAGCGUACGUCACGGGUACGCUUAAAAUGGGACGCAUAGAUGUGACUGAAGCACAGUACGCUAUUAUCGGAAUACACUUAGUAUCUGCGAUACUUGGCCCCGCUGCCUGGACCUCUAAGGGUGCAAUGGAAGUGCGUUACUCGCUGGGCAUGGUCGCAGUGGCGGGUGUAGCGCUCACGAUGGCGUCUCUAGCCGCCGCCAUCGCAGCCGGUGGCGUAGGGAAAAACGGCUCAACUGUCGCUAUCCUCGGUAUACAAUGUGGUCUCUACGCGACGGCAGUAUCUUUUGCGGCCGCUAUUUACUUUACCAUCAACUUCGCAAGCACAUUUCGAGAUAGGGGCUGCGGGAAAAAUGGAUCUACAGUUGCCAUCCCGACCGUCAACCAGAGUUUGAACUUGGUGUCCAAUUAUGGCGUGGUGUUAGUGACACUCGCACUAGUCUUCAGCUACGUUAAGGUCAUUAUGAAAGGCGGAGUGGGGAAAAAUGGCUCAACGGUCGCAGGUACAAGCAUAUUGUCGCCGGUGAUCCCGUUCUCUCUGGUCGUGGUUCCGGCGUUCAUCAUUUUCCAAAAAAGCGAGUCUCAUGUGUAUGAAAACCAUCCCGCUCUAUACAUACUCGCGUUUGGAAUGGUGGCAGCCAAAGUUACAAAUAGACUUGUGGUGGCCCACAUGACCAAAAGUGAAAUGGAGUACUACGACUGGUCGCUGCUGGGACCAGCGAUGCUCUUCCUCAACCAAUACUUCAACAAUGCGAUACCAGAGUACUAUGUAUUAUGGCUGUGCACGGUUUGGGUGUGCGCAGACCUAAUAAGAUACUGCGGGCAGAUAUGUCUCGAGAUAUGCGACCAUCUCAAGAUACGUCUUUUCCGCAUCCCGUACCCGCCCGCGCCCGCCUCGCCCAAGCACACGGAGAGAAAUGUGUCCACAGACAGCGAAAAGUCUGAAAACGAAGAUUCGGCGCCGUUAUUGAACAACAAUAGUAUUACU